UGGGAACUAUUCUCCGUAAUUAUCGCGGAUGGAGCAUGGUGUGUUAGAUAUGAAUAGAUUUAAUAUUUUGAUCGAUUUUUGAUUUACCUUUACAGAUACCAGAUCGAUGAUUGAUCAUAUAUAGGGAAGACGUGAGGAAUAUCGGAAAACAUAUAGGGAAUACAUGCUUUCACAAUAUAGGGUUAAAAGAAAGGAAGUGAGAAGGAAUAUAGCCCUGAAACGUGGGGUAUGGCGCGCUGUCGCUGCAGGGGGAAGCUGCUGUGCAUGUGUCUGCUGCCCUGCAUGAUGACUGGCCACCUCGUCAUCUACAUCCUGGUGUCCAUCUUCGUCACCCUCUCCUACACCCCGCCAAAGAUCCCCCAGCGCUACGUGGCCCCGGGGGCCUCAGACCGGGGCCCCUGGUCCCCCUUGCCCCUCCAGCCCUUCUGGAACCUGCAGCUGGAGCGUGCCCUGUGGAACCGGCUGCAGCACGCCUUGGACCGCCGGCACAACCCCAUCCUGAACGCCAACGCCACGAGCUCGGACGCCAACGCCACCCAGCGGGACUGCCGGGCGGGCCUGCCCCCGGACGGCCCGGCGGACCUCCCGGAGCAGGUGCGGGCGUUCGUGGGGUCCAUGCACCGGCGGCGCUACCCUCUCAUCAUCAACCAGCCCAACGUCUGCGGCCCCGACGGGGCCCUCACCCCCGGCUCCCCCGCCCUCCUCAUCGCCGUCAAGUCCCAGGUGGGGAACUUUGAGAACCGCCAGGCCAUCCGCGAGACCUGGGGCCGGCGGGGGCGGGUCACCGGCCCCAUGGGUAGGGGGGUGUGGGAGGUGCGGACCGUGUUCCUGCUCGGCCGACAGGACGCGGGCAACGGGCCGCACCCGGACCUGGGCCGGCUGCUGGAGCUGGAGAACCGGCAGCACGCCGACAUCCUGCAGUGGGACUUCAGGGACACCUUCUUCAACCUCACCCUGAAGGAGCUGCUGUUCUGGGGCUGGUUCGAGGAGCACUGCCCCACCGCCACCUUCGUGUUCAAGGGGGACGACGACGUGCUGGUGCGGACCAACCGGCUGCUGGAGUACCUGCAGCACCGGCUGGACGAGCACCUGCUGUGGCGCGGCCUGCAGAACAACAGCGACGCCUCCUUCGACCUGUUCGUCGGGGAGGUCAUCAACAACGCCCGGCCCAACCGCGAGCCCGACACCAAGUACUACAUCCCCGAGAGCUUCUACAGCGGCGUGUACCCGCCCUACGCCGGCGGCGGGGGCGUGGCUUACUCGGGCUCGCUGCUGAUGCGUCUGAAGGAGGUGUCGGAGCUGGUGCAGAUGUUCCCCAUCGACGACGUGUACCUGGGCAUGUGUCUGAACCGCCUGGGCGUGGCGCCCAGCCACCACCCCGGCUUCUUCACCUUCGACCUGCCGCGCUACAAGAGGACUAAGCCGUGCUCCUACAGGUCGGUGCUUCUGGUGCACAAGCGGACGCCCAAGCAGAUGCUGCUGCUGUGGCGGGCGCUGCUCGGACUUCCCGGGCGCUGCUGAGCUGGAUUUGAUAUUCAAAUGUGGGGCUGGUGCCCUGCGUCCUCUGAGGCAUGAGAGAUAGAGGCUGGAGGGUGUCGGGCUGCGUGUUCAGAGCAGCCAGACAGACGUCAGACAUGCUGAUUUGUUUGACUCAGGUUAAGACACCCCCCACCUCCUCCCGAGUUGGACCUAUUCAGUUGAGCUGUGUCUGAAUCAAGAUCAACACGGCUCUCUGUCUGCCUGAGUGAUUAAGGAAUGCUUUUCUGAGCUGCCUGGGCAUUAAGGAAAUGAAAAAUGUGCACGUUUUAAGAUCUCAUGCUUAACUCUGCUUUUCUCAAUGUUUAUGAUUUUUUUUUACCUUCUAUGUACAUACUCAUGUUA